AUGCUCGCCACCGAAAAGACUCGUCCAUUCAUCUAUUUGAUCUCAAUUUUUGGGACGUUUAUUUGCCUGCUUGGCAUCGUGUACUACAAUUUCCCAAAACUUGAUGAGGAGGAUCGGGAGCAUUUCAAAUACCCGCGAAAUCUGGAUGAUGCAAAACAAUUGGGGAGGGUUCUAAGCCACUACAAAGAUCAACAUUAUUAUUUAGUGAUGUGCGGAAUCGUGGUUGUCUACGUAAUGCUGCAAUCAUUUGCAAUUCCUGGAUCAAUUUUUCUCUCGAUUCUCUCCGGAUACCUCUUCCCGUUCUUUAUCGCGCUCAUAUUGGUCUGCUCAUGUUCAGCGAUUGGAGCAACUGUUUGUUACCUGUUAUCAUUCUUACUGGGACGGCGAUUGGUGCUUCACUACUUUCCCGAUCGUGUGGUAUCUUGGCAGUUGGAAAUCGAAAAGCAUAAAGAACAUCUCUUCAACUACAUCGUUUUCCUGCGUGUCACUCCUCUUCUACCCAAUUGGUUCAUCAACAUCGCAAGUCCAGUCUUGAACGUCCCAGCAACGCCAUUCUUUUGGGGAACUUUUCUUGGCGUUGCACCGCCAUCCUUUCUCUUCAUCCAAGCAGGCGCCACUUUGGAAACAAUGACACACACAAAUGUUGCAUGGUAUGAGCAUAAGAUAAUGGUAGCUGUUGUCUAUCUGAAGAGCUCUCGGCUUGUCCCACUUCUACAUCGACUUGCUAUUGGGCAAAAUCAGAGGAGGUUGUGUGCUCCUCUUUCUACAUACCACGUCAGCAGAGAGCGAAAUGGACAAAAGAAAUUACUCGUGUCUCGUCGUCAUACUGUUGUGAGUCUUCAGCAAGAACGAAGAUUUGUCGGAAUUGUGGCUACUGUUGCUAGAAGUGUGUUACGAUUAAGAUGGUUUAUCGCAACAGGAGCUAUUGGUGGGAGUCUAGCCGCUCGAAAUUGGUAUGAAGAUUGGAAGUCGAAAUUGCCCGAUUUUUCUAUGCCAGAAUGGGUGAAAUUUGAGGAAUCUGGUGCCUUUAAUGAGUUAUCCGAAAAGCUAGCCUCUCUUCGAGCCGGAUUUGGCGAUGCUCGAGCUGAAGGAAAGGAAAAAUGGGCUGGGUGGAUGCAAAAACUUGAACAGCGACGAAACGGACAACAAGAAAGCAAUAGUUCUGGCAAUGAAGGAUCUGGUGCUAAAGAAGCUGUUGGGCUGGCAGCGCUUUUUACUGCAUUUGGUGGCGAUAAUGAAAAGAAAGAUGAAACAGUGACUUCAGAAGAACGGCUACAAAAACUUCAAGAGGAAAUGCUACGGACGCAGAGUCAAUAUCAACACGAACUUGAAAGGUUGGAGAAAGAAAAUAAGGUACUAAAACAACGCCUUCUUUUGACAGAUCAGGGAGCUGCGCGCCGUUUGAAACGACUGAAGAGAUCUCUAAUUGAUAUGUAUUCGGAAGUGCUCGAUUUACUCAAUGAAUAUGAUUCUUCUUACAAUACAGCUGACAACUUACCUCGUGUUGUCGUUGUUGGUGACCAAAGUGCUGGCAAAACUUCUGUACUUGAGAUGGUGGCACAAGCGCGUAUUUUUCCUAGAGGUUCUGGUGAAAUGAUGACACGAGCUCCGGUUAAGGUUACGCUCAGUGAAGGUCCCUAUCAUGUGGCUUCAUUCAAAGAUUCCACAAGAGAGUUCGACCUCACAAAAGAAGCCGAUUUACGCCAGUUAAGAAGUGAAAUUGAGAUCCGAAUGCGAAACUCGGUGAAAGGCGGCAAAACUGUGAGCCAUGAAGUCAUUGCUCUUACUGUGAAAGGUCCAAACUUACCUCGAAUGGUGCUUGUCGAUUUGCCGGGAGUAAUCUCUACUGUCACUGCUGAUAUGGCCCGGGAAACAAAGGAUGACAUUAUUCGAAUGAGCCGACAACACAUGGAAAAUCCGAACGCAAUUAUUCUCUGCAUUCAAGACGGUUCCGUGGAUGCCGAGCGUAGUAAUGUUACCGACCUUGUAAGCAGCAUCGAUCCAUCUGGACAACGAACAAUCCUGGUUUUGACAAAGGUUGAUUUGGCCGAACAGAAUCUGACAAAUCCCGAAAGAAUUCGACGUAUUCUGGAGGGAAACCUUUUCAAUAUGAAAGCGUUGGGAUACUUCGGCGUUGUGACUGGACGUGGAAACUCGAACGAAAGCAUAGAAGAAAUCCGAAAAUAUGAGGAAGAAUUCUUCUCGAAAAGCAAACUUUUGAAAGAUGGCGUUUUGAAACAUUCACAAAUGACAACUCGAAACAUGUCGUUUGCUGUUUCCGAAUGCUUCUGGAGAAUGGUUCGGGAUUCUAUAGAAAGCCAAUGUGAUGCUUUUAGAGCUACGCGAUUCAAUCUAGAAACAGAAUGGAAAAAUAAUUUUCCACGAUUGCGCCAGCUUGACCGGGACGAGCUAUUUGAUAAGGCACGUGGCGAGAUUCUUGAUGAAAUCGUGAAUCUUUCAUUGGUUGGAGCAGAAGAAUGGGAGCGUAUGCUACAAAAACGACUAUGGGCUUCAGUUGCUGGUCAUGUGUUCGAUCAAAUUUUGAUGCCAACAAGCUCGAUCGACAACGCUGGAUCGUUUAACACACAAGUCGACAUUAAACUGAAGCACUUUGCGGACAAGGAUCUUGCACUGAAAAGCGUUGAUGCUGGCUGGGACACUUUGCGUGAAGUCUUUCGUCGCCAAAUUGAGAAUGACAAUAGAGCAAGAAGAGAUCAUGGGUCGCUGUUUGACUCUUUGAAAAAGGCAGUCGUGGAUGCGGCCUGUGAAGAGCACCAUUGGGACGAAAAAGCCAUGGACUAUUUGAGAGUGAUUCAACAGAGCGCCAUUGAAGAUCGAGCUGUCCAUGAUAAAAGAGCUUGGGAUAAAGCAUGUUCUUUUAUGCGCAAAAAGGCUGAAGAUCGGCUAGCGGAAGUGACGGGUCAACUUGGAAACGAUCGUGGACCCGGUAUUUGGGGCAAGUGGAUUCGUUGGCAGUCUUCUACCGCGGAAAAUCACUUUUGUUCUGCGAUCCAAGAUGAAAUUAAAAGCAUUCUUUCGCAUGAGCCAGACCAUAGGCAAGCUCUCACCGAAGAAGAUUUACUGGUCAUUAAAAGGAACAUCGAAACAAAGGGCUUUAUUGAGGUUCCAACAGAUUUAAUUCGAAAACAGUGGAAGCUUAUGUUCAAAAAACAUUUCUUGGAAAAAACGGUUCAGUCAGCUCGUGAUUGCACUUCUCUUUAUCAACACUAUAGGCAAGGAUUAAAUGACCAAGAUCUCGAUUGUCAGGCAGUGGUGCUGUUUUAUAGAAUUGAGAAGAUGAUCAGUUUGACAUGCAAUGCACUACGGCAGCAAAUUACAAACACUGAACAAAGGCGGCUUGAAAAGGAGAUCAAGGAUGUCCUUGACACAUGGUCAUCGGAACCUGAUGUUAAGAAGCAACUUUUAACAGGCCGAUUGGUUGAGCUUGCCGAAGAAUUAAAACAAGUACGCCAUAUACAAGAACGCCUUGAAGAAUUUAUGACCUCUUUGCAACGGGAGAAGCAU